GUGUGGGGUGGGAGAAGCAAUAGGGAGACUUCUCUAACCAAGCAAAAGUUUCCACCAAAGCUUCCUAGUGUUUCUAAGGAGCUAGGAAAGUCCUAAUUAAUGAGGAUAUUUUAUUUGCAAGAGCCGGUCUAGUCUUCUUGCUCACCUCUUGGGACACUUUUGGAUCCUGAGAUAGUACAAUCCUGCGCACAUUUCUUCCUGUUAAGGGUGUCCAACCGAAUAGAGUGGGACUUACUUCCCGGUUAAAUAGACAUUGGAUCGCCCUAUAAGGCAGCGAGAGUAAACUCCAUGCAACUCCAUGGAACUUACUUUGGAGUAAGCUUAUGUAAGACUGGGCUGCGUAUGAUCCCAUGAUAAGCAAACAAGUUUUUAUGAAGUCUGCUGGCCAAGUCACUGGGUUGCGUGACAAACUUCUGCGCGGCCUAAUUUUGCUUGUAACCUGUUCCUCCCCGCCAGUUUCCUUUUGUCUAUCAUCUGGGCAUCAUCAUCAGCAAUAGGCAAAUGAUAUGAAGGGUGCAUUUUACUUUGAAUUGAUAACACAGUAUAAGAUGUGAUCCGGAGCCACGUCCUUUCGUGGAAGUUUUGCCCAUGAUUUCAACCGGAGUUGUUUAUUAGCCCCCCUCCUUUCAUUGUUUGAGAAUACUUAGGUUCACCUUUGCUCGGAGUGGGCUGCUGACAUUAAGGACGAGAAUUGCCUUAUCCCUCUCACUUCACACUCUCUUCGGCACCAUCCUCCACCUGAGCUGGUUCUCGCCUCUCUGCCAAAGCUUACAAGAACAAAACUUAAAUGCCUGGGACAGCGUGGAAAUAUUAUGAAUUUGAUCAAACGGGAACCACGAUCAUAACAGACCCCACCACCUAAUUUGUGGUUCACAGAAGAUAACAGGCCUCUGCAAAGGAAGUCCGGAAAUUAGCAGAAUGAUUAAACGACAGAUAGCAACAGUAGGAUCUACAAUCAAGGCUUUUUGUUUUUGUUUGUUAGGUAUUUUAGGUUUAAGUCGAUUCACUCUCAAACUGGAGGAAAUCAGUUUAUGGCUGGAUUGUGUUCCGGGGCUACAGUUUCUAAACUGCAGCCGAAGAAAGUUAAUUGCCUACAUUUUUAGCUCUUAACCGCCGGGUUAAGAAAGGACUUGAUUACUGUUUAAAUAAUAAUAAGACUCAAAAGGCAGCUGCCAUCUGUAAGGGGUUUAUUAAAUUAGUUUGUCUCUACAAUGUGCCUUGUUUUCUAAGGAAACGAGUGUGGACUGAAAUGCUAACACAUGUAAUGAAUUUGAGUGGGUGCCUAGGGUGCUGUGUAAUGCUUUCUUCAAGAAUAUAAGCCUUGGCACAAGACCAUCUUGGUGGAGAAGAGGGAACCGAGGGUGUUUUGUAAGAAGAUGGGGAUAGGGAAACUAUUAAGGUGCGGAUAGAUGGGUUUUGAUAUCGGGGUUUGGCCGGCCUGUUAAAAAAAAAAGUUCUUAGAUGGCAGAUAAAAUUCCUGGGAAUGGAAGCCCAACUCCAACCUCGGUUGUACUCAUGCAGGUCUACCAGGACGGGCCAUUGGAGGAAAAACGUCACGUGACAGAGGGGUGCCAAUGUUAUUCUUUAAGGGUGUCAAGACCCUGUCAGUUUGUGAAAUAAAUAUUGGGAAACAACGAAAUGCAAAAAGCGACCUACUACGACAGCUCUGCGAUCUAUGGCGGCUAUCCUUACCAAGGAGCAAAUGGUUUCGCUUACAAUGCUAGUCAGCAGCAAUAUCCUCCUCCGCCUCCUUCUUCCUCGCUGGUGGAAACGGAGUACCAUCGACCGGCCUGCUCUUUACAGUCCCCCGGAGGCGGCGGCGGCGGCAGCACCACCGUGUCCCACCACAAGGCCAAUGAAAUCAAUGAGAGUUGUAUGAGGACCAUCACCAGCCAGUCUCUCCAGCCCCCGGUCCUUUCAGAGCAGCCUCAGCAGCAGCCUCCAGCCCCCCAGCAAGCACCCCCACCCCCACCCCCCUCUGUGUCACCACCUCAGAAUGCCACCACUAAUUCCGCCCCGCCUAGCGCCACCAAGAGCUCCAUCUUGAACUCGCCCACCAUGUCCAAGCAAAUAUUCCCCUGGAUGAAAGAGUCUCGACAAAACACCAAGCAGAAAAACAGCGGCUCCAGUUCAGGUGAGAGUUGUGCUGGUGAUAAAAGCCCCCCAGGGCAAGCUUCCUCUAAAAGAGCCCGCACGGCUUACACAAGUGCCCAGCUGGUAGAACUGGAAAAGGAGUUUCACUUCAAUAGAUACCUUUGCAGGCCAAGAAGGGUAGAGAUGGCUAACUUGCUCAACCUCACAGAAAGACAGAUCAAAAUAUGGUUCCAAAACCGCAGGAUGAAAUACAAAAAGGAUCAGAAGGGCAAAGGCAUGAUGACCUCUUCAGGAGGACAGUCCCCCAGCAGAAGUCCUGUCCCUCCGGCUGCUGGAGGAUACCUGAACUCUAUGCAUUCCCUAGUAAACAGUGUUCCAUAUGAACCCCAGUCACCGCCAUCCUUCAGCAAGCCUCAUCAGAACGCCUAUGGCAUCCCUACGUCAUAUCCGGCUCCUCUCAAUAACUGCCCGCCUCCACAAAAGAGAUAUACCGGAACUGCAGCAGUGACUCCUGAAUAUGACCCUCAUCCUCUUCAAGGGAAUGGCUAUGGCAAUCCACAUAUACAGGGAAGCCCCGUCUAUGUUGGGGGCAAUUAUGUGGACACCAUGGCAAAUUCUGGGCCUUCCAUCUUUGGUCUGACUCACCUCCCUCAUCCUUCCUCUGCCAACAUGGACUACAGUGGGCCAAUGGGCAACAAUCAUCACCAUGGACCAUGUGACCCACACCCAACAUAUACAGACCUUACUUCUCACCAUCCUUCUCAGGGAAGAAUUCAGGAAGCGCCCAAACUGACCCAUCUGUAAUAUACCAUCAGUUACUUAGUGGAUCAUAAAAGUCCCCCAGCCUUUUUUAAAAAAAAGAAAAAGGGAAAAAGAAGGAAAAGAAAAAUACUUUAAAUUCCUCCCCCUGCCCUUUCUGUUUUGCUUCUGUUUUCUUUUCUUUUGGUAAAAAAAAAGCAUUUUCUAGUUUAUGUGACGUAGCAAUAUCUGUUGCUUGAAUUGCUCCCUAGUUUCAAUAGUGGAUAUUUAUCUCCUUGAACUCUUUGCCUUGUGUUCUCCCUUUGAGAGUAUACAUAGGCUUUCUACUCUUAACUUCAACACUUUUAUCAAAACAGGGUAUAUGAACAAAUUUUCUAUACAGAUGGUUCUUAAAUGUGAAUUUGUUCGUACAGAAUCGAUCCCAACCGGGGAAGCAUUUUUAUUUUAAUUGCACUUCUUUUAAAUAGCGAGAAAGAAAUAAAAAGGCGCUUGAACAGGGGCUCCCUGAGCGAACUUAUUAAUACAUGUACGUCUUUCAACGUGUGUAUGCUGGUGAACUUUCAGAUUUAUUUAUAUUUUUUUGCAAACUUUGAAUAAUCUAAGUGUUUAAAUUUUUUUAUUUAUCCCCAUCUGUUCAUAUUUAUAUAUAUAAAUAUAUUAAAAAAAAUAAAACUUCUGUACCCUGAAUAUUCAGGAGAUAUUUACCUGGCUGUAUGUUAAAUGACAUACAUAGGAAAUAUCAUUUGGAAGGGGGGAACUUAAACUCCUUUAUUUAAAAAGAAGAAGGAAAAAAAAUGCAAUAAAAUCUGGAAAAUAAACAGCAGGCCACCACAGGAACAGAAGCGGGUGCCUGUUAACAUCGAACUAAAGGGAAAUGUGUAAACCUGAACGAGAACAACACAAAGCUAGAUUUUGUUUUGAAAGUUAUACAUUCCUUGCUGCUCACAUUCUGGAAAAAAAUAAAGUUUUUAUUCUGAAUAA